CUGUCUGCCGCGCCAGACAGCAUUGCACCGGCUGCUGUGUAGGCUGAAUGGAGGCUCAGGCAGACUCCAGUGCUGCAGAGCCCAACAGACAGAAAGACUUUCAGAAACUUCUCAAGUCAUCCAGCUCUGCUAGUCUCACUACUGAGGCGUCUCACAAUGCUGCAGGAGAGCAAGUUGGGACCCCUGGGCACCACUGCAGCCAGGUCCUGACCGCAGAGAGACGCCAACCCUUGAGCAGCGUGUCCUCUCUAGAGGUUCACUUCGAUCUGCUAGACCUGACAGAGCUGACUGACAUGUCUGAUCAAGAGCUGGGAGAAGUGUUUGCUGAUUCAGAUGAGGAGAAUCACAAUGAAUUGCCAGCAAAUCAUCAGCCACCAUUGCCUCGUUUCCCUCAUGGCGGUUACGUCCGAUCACCCUCCUGGACCCGGGGGUGCAAAGGGGAGCAGCAACCCAGAGACAGGAAACAUCACAGCGACUCGGAGAACACCGAGCCUUUGCUAAAGAUCGAGCGUUCCCAAUCUCAGCAGCCCUGAGCCACGACCAGCUACGUGGGCUCAGAGAGGACACGCCGUCCUUGUCUGGGGGAUGAAGAUUCCUUCCCAAGGAAGUGAUGAAGGGAUCUCUGAAAGGACACAGAGACUCCUGCUCAAGAUACAGCGAUCCUUCUGCCUAAAUAAGGCAACUUGAGCCAAUAUAUAACAUGGAAUUAUGAUAAAGGUUGUGGGCUCUAAUGGAAAUACAAAAUUUCUCCUUUAACCAGCAAAAAGUGGGAAAUGUAUCAAUGAUACAGUAAUCCUGUUUUCAGCAUAGCUAUGUGAUGAACUGGAAGCAUGACCUCAUGAAGCUUUCUGGCAUGUACAGUGUCUGCAAGGAUCAUUUUAAUGGAGAAGAACUAAUCUAAGAAGUUGUGGGAAAUUGAUGCUUUAAUGAGUCAGGCAAUUCAUCAACAACAAGUGGGACAAAAAAAAAACCUCACAUGCUUUAUCAUACACAUAGACUAGCUCCUGAAUUAUAUAAAAGGCGAGAUGUAUAUAUAAUUAGGAAGAGAAACCAGGCUUUAUGUCUACAUGUAAAAGCAAUUCUCUUUUUCAUCCCAAUAUUCCCACUCGAUUUUUGAGUCGUAAUUUGAAAAAAUUCCAAUUUGAAAGAUUAAAUGAACAACAUGCCAUUCAAA